AUGUUGAAGAUUAUUCGUGUUCUUCCCCCUGUUGUUCCUAGCAGUCAAGUGAAAGCAAACUCCUCAACAUGGGAGGCAUCGGGUGAGACAUUAAACAACAUUGACCAUGAAGCAAUGGUUGUUAACCCUGCCCUUGUAUUAACCAUCCAGGUUAUGUUGACUGACUUUGGGGUCGCAAAGCAAUUUGAUGAAAGCACAAGGUUAAAUUCCAUGUGUGGGACAUUAGAAAUUGUACAAGGGAGGGGCCAUGAUAAGGUCGCUGAUUGGUGGAGUGUUGGAAUUUUAAUGUAUGAAAUGCUUACUAGAAAGCCUUCGGUUAGAGGUAGAAACAGACAGAAGAUUCAGGAGAAAAUAGUGAAGGACAAGAUAAAGCUUCCAGGAUUCUUGUCAAGUGAAGCACAUUCGCUUUUGAAAGGGGUGGAUCACACUUGCUUGGCUAUACGUUAUUCUGUAUGCUUUCAAACUUGUCUUCUUCCUGAAUUCUUUUUCUUUCUAUCAUGGCAACCUUCAACAGUAGUUUUGGACCGGCACAUUCUUGCAAAAGAUAUCGUGUACGUGUUCUUCUGCUGCUAUUGUGGAUUCGGGAAAAUCCUUUCUUACUAG